AUGGCGGGAAACUGGUUUGGUGGGAUCGUUAUUGCGAAUAUCAUAAAGAUGAUUGCAAAUGCGAUCACCAAGACGGCGGCCAGUCUCGCCCACAUACAAAAGAUCACAGAGGCAAGAAAGAACGAAGAUUACGAUCAUGUUUAUAGGAUCCCUACAGAUGAUGUCGUGGAUAUUCUAAAUGAGUACAACGUGAGAACCGUUCCUUCACAAGAUAAUGUCAAAGAUUUGAUAAAGAAUGUGGCGUCCAUGGAACUAGUUUCUAGACCUUACAUUGCACUAGCAAACACCAAGAAGGGAAUGGGGCCUUUCUGGGCAAACGUAUGGAAAAAAAUGAUYGACGCACUGUACAGCCUCUGUGAACCAACCAAUUCCGCAGUGSUAAUGAGCCUCGCAUUUCAACUGUCAACGCCCCAAGAAAAUCGAGUGUUUAGAUGGCUAAAGAAAUACCUUAUGGAGUCCGAUAUAAGGACAGUYACGAAAUUUCUGCAAUUUUGCACUGGUUCAAAUAUCGUCGAGCCCACCCGCCCCAUUGCACUAAAGCUUGAAGUUAUGCCACAGGUGGCCAUGAGGCCCAAGGCCAAGACCUGCUUUAGAGUCCUAUCCCUGCCUAUCAACUACUUAUCCUAUUUCCAAUUAAAUGAAAAUCUUGACCCAGUCUUUUUGGUAAAAGGAGCCUGGGACCUGGAAGAUUACUAAAGCAAAACAUACCGUAGGUACAGCUUUUUAGCAGAAAAACUGUCAUUUCUUAAAAGUUUAAGAUAUUAAAAGGUAUUAGGAUACGUUUACGACCACUAUGCGCGCAGACUUAAAUAACGCGCUGGCUUUAUAGUAUAACACAAACAUAGUAUACAUUUUCUGAAAGUUGAAUAAACAUAGUUUAUGAAGAAAUCUUCAAAUUACGAUCUUUUUAAUUGUUGUUCACAUUAUUGUCCCCGAAGCGAAAUUUGACCAUGCCUCAGUGAAAACGUUAACGCACACGUACAUUUUAACCUAUGUUUGAGAAAAAUGUCUUAACAUACUCAGGAGAUAAUAAGCUCCUAAAGGGUGUCCCAGAUUUUUUGAUAUCUGUUUUAUAUCUCUCGCUAUUUUUGAUCAAAGUUCGACGAUUGCUUUUGGAGUGUUGUUUAGAGUAAUCCUUUUUUGGAUCAUGAGUUACUUUAUAAACUCUCCAAAUUUUAGAAAAAUCGAAUGAAAUCCAA